GCCAGUCCACCUGUGUAGUGCGCGGGUGAAGGAUGUAUUGUGUCUGUUCCUAUGGCCAUAUUCAUUAAUCAUGAAUUUUGCAAUGAGAUAGCAGUGUUUAACAUCAUAGAUGCAGGGGUAGUGUCCCUGUGAGUGAAUGGGUUAGGAAAAUGACCUCAGAUAAGUUCCAGAGUGGUUGAGAUUUGUAAAAGUGCGCCCAAGAUCGUUGGAGCAGUGAUACUUGCCCCAGGGCUCCCGUGGUUGUUUUUUUUUUCUUUUUUUAAUAUUGAGUAAAAAGUACAAGGCAACUUAUACAUCACAAUGGAUUACCGUACUAGAAGUACUUUGACGCUCUACGUAUACAUCGCCUCGACAAUGAUUACGAAGGU